AUGGAGUCGUUGAAUUCUCUGAAAACAAACCCUCUGGAACAACCGGAUGACUUUGCCUCCGAGGCAUUUUUCAAUCAGAACACCCUGGAACAAAUUCAGCAACUGGAUACCAGUACUACUCUAAAUGCGGCGGCGAAUGUUGUCCUUCCCACAAAAGCAACCAUUCUCGACCAGCUCCAGCGAAGAUGGUUUUGCGGCUUUUCGGAGCGGGUGGCUUGGUCCAGACUUGGGCAUGUUGCCAGCAUCUCCGAAGAUGGCUCAUCCGUCCGUGUGGAAUGCUUGCAUUACAACUACAACUCCAAAUCGUGGGGACUAGAGGAGAAGGUCGUUCUGCCAACGCUAUUCGAGGACGCAGUUGGCCUUCUAUUCAGUGGUCAUGGACAGGAUCUCGCCGUUGUUGAUGCCAAAGGUCGCUUAUUCAUUUACCAAUGCUCUCACAUCGCCGUCAACCGCUUCGUUCUCGCUAAAUCGGGAGACCUCGACGAAGUGAACGAUGCCUCCCAAGUCAUCGGAAUAGCAUGGCUGAACCAAGAUCGUCAAGACAGGGCGAGGAAUAUAGUUACCCAUGCCACGAAGAAUGAUACCAGAUGGGUACACACCAACGUCCGAGCAAAACCACUGGGGCCGUUCUUCCCACACGGACUUGUAAUGGUUCAUCAUUCAGGCACCGUUGCAUUCUGGUAUUCACGCAAUGACGGACAAUAUAUCAAAGUCACUCAAAACUUGAACAUCAUAAACGACACGCUAUAUAGUCACGCAAGCCUCUCCCUCAGUGCCAAUCACAGAAUGAUGAUGGCGCUGCAUUCCAGUCAAGGGGAGAUAUCCGUCUGCUUCAUGUCAAUUGCAUGGCCUGCCUCUACAUCCAACGAAACAGAUCUGCCGACUUUAAGUUUCAGUUUCAUUCCAAGCCAGGUACAGGCCUUUCCAGUGGGAUCUGCCGCUAUUCCUGAUUUAUAUGACCCAAAUUCGUGGCGUUUGAGCCACCUUGAAUUGUCACAAAGUCCUGAGGUCGAGAACCAGCCAUCAGGUCCGGUAGCAGUCGUCGCAGUCUUCACAGGCAUCAACAAAGCUCACAGUAUUACUGACCCUGGGGCGCUCACCGGAAGCAUGAUCAGGAAGUGGUUCCUCACUCCCGUCCAGCGGAGUUUGCAUCCUCUUUUCGAAAGCUUGCCGUCGAAAGGUCCUGCUAAGAGUGAGCCGACUUCAGUUCUCACUUUGCACGCUCAGUCAGAGAAGAUCGAGCAGGUUAUCGUCACAAUCCACCAUGUCGACGGCCUGAAGGCAUAUGUUAUCACGACAACAGAGAACCGUACCGACUUUCUGAGUUCCGAAGACUUUUCGCCUGUUUCGUUCGCUGCUUCAGUCGCAGAAACUACUUCAAUGGCACAAUCGGGCUUUACCUAUCCCUUUGCGGACAUGAACUGCCCGUCAUUCUCAGUAAAUGCCUGUGUGAGAGCUGAUGUCGGUCUUGACGACAAAACUCGGAUCGCUGCCCUGGAAUAUCAGAUCCAAGGGCCAGUCCAACAGCCGCUUGAUUUGAAUCUUGACGCGGCUGUCGCUUCGUUGAAUCUGGCUUUUGCACGAGCGUGCUGGAGUAAUGCCAGCAUCGACGAUGUGAUCAUGUGCGCCCAACACUCUCUUCCUCACGACGUUCUCCCGUCCGUCGUUGUUGGCAUGUACCGUACCCUCUUCAGAGAUACGGAGUUCAUUAACGAAAAGACUCCAAACUCCGAGUUGGAGCGCAUCUUUCAUAAGCAGGUUAUGGGGCGUGUUAUGGCCUAUCAUGCCAUGCUUGUAGCCCACUGCCCUCAACUACCUUCAAUCGCCUCUACUGACGGACGAGUUGGCAGCUGGUCCCUCAGCGCCCAAUGGGCCUGGGUGGCCAGCAACAUCCGCCACACUGCAACAUUGCUUUUCAUGAAUCUACGUGAUGUUGCGCACGCCACCGCUACUAUGUCACAGGACUACUCGGACAUGCUGUGUCUAAACAUUCGGUGGGGUUUGGCCGUCAUACGAUGGAUUGUCAGUACAAUCCUGGAGGUCAGCGAUCGUGAGACCAACCCUGAAAUAUUCAAUGGAAAAUCUGGAUCUCUAGGUGAUAUCAACGGCGACGGCACUCAAGGACUUGUGGCAUUGUUGCUAAAUAUUCACUGCUCUCGAGUGUUCCUAGUCGCCUUUAUUCGUGCGGUCAGGGCGUAUGCUAAAAGCGCCGAACCCAAGACCAGGCACCAGUUACAGGUUUUGCAAACAAUCCAGGCCCACACUACUGGCAAAGGGAUCACGUUCCCUGCAAUCGAAGCGAUGCUAGAAUACCGCUGGACAGCGCAGGGUGAUGUUGAUGGCGAUAUUGCAGCGACAACAAUGCGACAGCUCGAGAUGAUGGCCACUGGUGUUGUGCCAGAGUCAUAUCAGGGGACCAUCAAAAUCUUGCUGACAAAGCUGUUUAACAGUCCAGCAGGUUUGCGGGCGAAGAAUCUGAUUGACAGAUUGAAGCUGUUCACAGAUCACAUUGAUCUGGACUACAUCUUCCUCAAUCGCGAUGUACUCGGCAAAAGUCAAGACGAUGCACGUCAGGGAAGGGUCAUCUACGAUGUUCACAGGAAAAGGCCUAUCCCCAAUGGUGUAAUGGAGCCUGGCGACCCUCAAGAAUUAGUUGUCAGACACUGCUUGAGGUGCGGGAGUUUCAGCGCUGACAUAGUGGUCCCUCCACCCGACUGGGCGAGCAAAGGAGUGGCUUCACUCCUAGCCAAGUGCAUCUGUGAUGGUAAUUGGGUCAUUGUACCUUGGAAGCAGUAUAGUGAGGGCUGA